AUGAAAAUUAAUGAAAAUAAUGACAAGUCAUUUCAUUCGGCUUCAAUUCAAAAAGCAUCUUCUAUGUUAAAUAUGAUUGAAGAUCUCAAUAAUCAACAAACUCAAAAUAAAUAAACAACUGAACCAAAAAUUAAAAAAGCAAUUGAACCUCAACCUAUAAUAUCUUCUUAAAUUGCUAGAGAAGUGGAAGAAUUGGAAUAGACAUAUAAACGUUAGUAAUUUAAAGGCAUUUAACAUAUAGGGACAAAAAAUUCUUAUACGAAAUAUAUGGCAUUUUAUUAUUGGAGUCCACUAUACUUGACAAUACAUAAAAGCCCAAUCAUAAGAACAGCUUGGAGAUAAGGAUUUACUGCUUUAAUCUAUAUUCCUAUUAGUAUUUAUGAGUUGAAAAACAACAAAAAUUGCAUCAUUUCCUUCAAAGGUUAAGAAUUUAAUUUAUUAAUGGCGUCAGUAACAUAAGCAAUUUUUGCUGUAUCUUUGUCAAUUUCUGUUACUCACACUCAUGUCUCACAUGCCCUUAUGUUUUAUAAUAGUUCAUUGUUAAUUUAUUGCGGAACUAAAAUCAUACUAAAGUAAUAUUGCCAUAUUCUGGAAUAUUUUGGAUUUGGAGUUGCAUUGAUCUUAUUAAUGGUCAUCUUUACUAACAUGGGCUUCACAUUUUAUUCAAAACAAGAUGUUUCAAUAUGGGAUAAAAUUAUAUUUGGAGAUUUAACAGCACUUUUUGGAGGAGGUGUUUCUACAUUAUAUUAUGCCAAAUAUUACUCAAAAAUUGCUUAAUGUUGCCCAACUUUUACAUUAUUUUCAAUAAUUAGAGCACUUAGUACUGUUGUAUUGAUAAUUAUGACACUUACAUUUGAUAAUUAGCACAAUUUCUUUGACUUCUUAGAACCAGUUCUCUUUAUACAAAUAUUUUUGAAUGCCUUAUUCACUGGUGUUAUGAUGAAUUAAUUAUAAUCCUAUGUACAAUUAUUUGUUGAUCCACUAACAUAUAAUUCAGCAAACUUUUUUUAACCACUUUUUGGAAGCAUCUUUUCUUAUUUAUUAGGCCAAGAAUCUUUGCCAGGCUCAUUAUCCAUUGCUUGCAUGAUUCUUUACAGUAUUGGUCUAUUGUUUAUAUAAAUUGGACGAUCAAAGUCUGAAACUGAAGAUCUAAACCUGGAUAUUGAACUAAGAUAACUAGACACUGUUUAUUUUGAAAAUAACCCUUUACUUUCAUUAUUUUAAUCUACUCAUAGGGAUAGAGAAGAUUAAAUGAAGAUAUCACUAUAUAAAAGGUCAAUCAUCUAAAGAUAAACCAUUUUAAGACAACCGACAAAAUAAUUUGUUGAUUAUAGUAUGGAUUAAUGA